GGAGCCGCGAGCUGCAGCGGGCAGAGCCCCGCGUCCGCCUGGCGCUAGGCCCCGGCCCGGGGGCAUGACUCUGUUCGGCGGCGAGGCCGGGGGCUGGAGAUAUUUGGACAUGGCCAGAGAACCCAAGCCGAGCCGAGCCAGGCCUGGACAGAAGCGGCAGCAUGGCGGUACCCUCUACCACAGUAACUGUGACCUGGACUAUGAGCUCUACAGGGACGAUUUCCCGUACAGGGUGUACGGGUAUCAGAAGAUCCCGCCCCUUAUUAAUCGCAUUCCGGUCAAGACCAGACGAGUCCACGUGGGGGCAGGGGGCAAGAGCAGCCUGAUCCCCCACCCGGGGCCGAGAGGCAGCAGCAACGCACCACUGGGUCGGACAAAGCUGCGUGCCGAAGAGCUGCAUUCCAUCAAGGGGGAGCUGAGCCAGAUCAAAGCCCAGGUGGACAGUCUGCUGGAGAGUCUGGAUCGGAUGGACCAGCGGCGGGAGCGGCUGGCUGGGGAGAGAGGCUCCAAGGAGGGGGAGAAGAAGAAGAAGGCUCAGGUGAGCGAAGAGCCCUCGUACCCAGCGGGAGAGCAGCAAGGGAAGGAGAGCCCAGCUGCUGACGUGCCGAGUGACCUGAGGGACAUCGACAGUGAGGAGGAGAGCACAGACACCGAGGAGACGAUGAAAAACCACACGUCAGACCCGGAGGGCAGCCAGUAACCGGACUGGGGCGCCACAGCCUUCCCCAGGCUAAAAAUGCAGCUUGAUUCCUAGUGAAGACGCAGCCUUUGAGACCCACAAAUGGAAGUGGUGGGUACUGCUGGUAACAGCCCAGGUCCUGCUAGCCCAGGCAGUGGGGCUGAGAAACCACCAUCAGGCCAGCGCCCCUUGGUGGCAGUGCAGAGCACCCCGCAGAAGCUGCAGUAGUUUGCAGACUGGAGAGCUUUGGUUUUCCGCUGGCUCAGAAAAGGUUUUUCCUUUGGUCUCACAUGGCUUCUACACAUCGUGCUAUGUGAUAUGGUUCAUAGUCACUUCCCAGGAAUUCCAUGAGCAGCUUUACCAGAAAUAAGAGAGGAGCGUGAGUUUUUUCCCAGCAGGCUAAUUCCUGCUAUGUGAACAGUGACAUGUCCAUGCUUUGGGUUGUUUCACCUUCACCCAAAGAACCUACAUUCCCCCUCUGCUCCCCUACUACUGUGUUUUGGAACACCUGUAGCUCCUGUCCCUGUCCCCCAUUUCUAGGUAGUCUCUCUCUCAUGCUGGUAGGAAAUUGUGUCUGUAUUUCUAAUUUGCUCUGGGAAAAGAGUGUAUUUGUGUUGGAAGGAAAAAUAAUAAAUUUGUAUUUCUUUUCUCUGGUUA